AUGGAGUCAGUUCCUAACGUUGCUGCUGGGUUUGAGGAUGUAUCUACUGUUUGGAUGCUUACUCAAGGGCGAGGUGGAAAAGCAAAGCUUUACGUUGCAGUUACAUACAGUCCUGAAAAUGUUGACUCUCGAGGACACUUUCGACCAAUUACAAGAAGAUCCCUCGAAACUGCUAGUUUUUUAGCAGCGACAGACGAUGAUAACUCCAUCUUCAGCGGUUUCCCUAUAUCAGUGGUACAUCUUAAGUACGCUGCAGCAUUUGACCUCGGGGGUUUCACCUACUUCGUUGUCUCCCAAAAAGAGGACUUCGAUAGUUUGGUCUCAAAGAUAAGCAGAGUUUGUCAAGGCGGUCCAAACCUAGACGCUUACACAGAAAUUACCCUACAGUGCAGUGGAUCAGAUGGCAGUGUGUACAGCUUGGUGCAAGCAGCUCACUUUGGACCAGCAGGACCUGAUCUAGCGGCAUCAUUGGGUCUCCAUGCAGACGAGCAGGUGCUGUAUGCUGUGUUUGCCAAGAACCAAGGAGCUCCGGGUACCAGUGAUGUACCCCUGGAUCACUCAGCAUUGUGUGUGUACAGGAUGACGGAUAUCUUGGCUGCCUUCAGAGAAGCAGUGCGGGGAUGUAUUCAGGAUGGGGUGAAUGCGCCAAACAAGAUUAACUAUUUGGAGGGUUCUUUUUGCAAAAGUUUCGGGGUGAGUACAGCAGCGUAUUUAGAAUGA